AUGAAAACCUUCCUAAUUGCUGCUGCCUGCUUCGCCGUGGCCGUCGCUGGCCCCACGCGCUUCGUACUUCCCGGCGUCGCCGGACCUGCUCCCGUCAUCGACCUCGACCAAUACGAACCUAUCUCUGUCGGACCCGCCAUUGUUGACACCGAGUCCAUCUCCGUCGGACCUGCUAUCGUCGAAGGCGAAUACGAGCCCAUCCAUGUUGGACCCGCCAUCGUCGAAGGCGAAUACGAGCCCAUCCAUGUUGGACCCGCAAUCGUCGAAGUCGUGCCCGCUCCCGUCCCCUCCCCUGUGAGCUCUCCUCUCGUUCAGAUCAUCAUCAACGUCAAGCCCGGCUCUGAAAACCUUGUAUCUGUUGAACCUUCCCCAGUCAUCGUGCCCGAGGUUGAACCCACACCUGUGAUCGUCGUCGACAACCAGGAGGCCCCCGAAUCCGUCAUCGUCGUCGACAGGCCUGAGGUCCCCGAAUCCGUUAUCGUGGUCGACAAGCCUGAGGUCCCCGAAUCCGUCAUCGUCGUCGACAAGCCUGAGGUCCCCGAACCCGUCAUCGUCGCUCCCGUUAUUGUCCCCUCGCCCGUCAUUACCCUCCCUGACAUCCUCAACUAAAAAAAGAAAAACUUCGAUACAAGCAACAAACACAACAACGGCUUACUACGAACAACUCAUAAGCAGAAAAUCUAUGUAAUAAUUGUAAAGUGUUUUGAACAUUAACAUGUA